AUGAGAAGGGAAGUGGCAGAGUACAUAGCUCAAAGGACUCGAUUACGAAUUCUCAGGGGUGCCAUGCGGGGCCUGAGACGACGUCAGGCUGCGGAUCCAAGGGGGAGAGAGGAGGAUUUGGAAGCUCUUGAUGAGCAGAUAAGAGAGCUGGCUUUAUUGCUAAACUAUGGGGAAUAG